AUGAUUUCAACAUCACACAAGCACAAGAAUUUUGUUUCUGAACCAAUGGGGAAUAAGUCAGUUUCUUCCUUGGCUGGUAUUGGAACAACGCUUGGAAGAAAACUGGAAGAGCAAGGCUUUGAUAAGGCAUAUGUAUUAUUAGGCCAAUUUCUCGUUUUGAAAAAGGAUGAUGAAUUGUUUAAAGAUUGGUUGAAAGACAUCUGUGGGGCCAACACGAAACAAGCUGGACAGUGUGCCACCUGUUUACAAGAAUGGUGCAAUGCCUUCCUGUAG